AUGGCUACUCUAGAUGUUUUUGAGUCAUUGGAUGUCAAGAAGGGACAAAUUUCUGCUGAAAUCUGGGUAGCGAAUUUCCAAGAAGGUCAUCACGAGAAUCUUAAUAUUAUACAUGUCGGAUGGAACAUUGCACCUUCUUAUUAUGGUGACAAAAAAACACAUUUCCUUGUAGGAUGGACGGCUGAUGGAUACAACUCAACAGGAUGUUUUGACUUGAACUGCAAUGGAUUUGUACCCGUUAACUAUGCCCCUAUUACUCCAGGAGAUACUCUUGAUGUGAAACGUAAGAUAACUAUCAAGAUAUUCAAGAGUAAAGAUGAUGGAGAUUGGUGGCUACACUUUGCUCGUGGUGGUGAAAAGCUUGCACCCGUCGGAUAUUGGCCAAAGAGUCUAUUCAAUACUCUAGAUUACUAUGCCGAUCAUAUACAAUGGGGUGGUUACACUACAUCUCUUCCAGGGAACCCUAGCCCGCCCAUGGGAAAUGGGCACUGGCCUAGAGAGAACUCUGCUACAUUUGAGGAUCUACAAUAUAUCAAUGUAGAUGAGACGGGUUAUCCACCCCUUCCAAUGCCCGGAAUUCAAUCUUACGUAUCUAAUAAGGAAUGCUAUCAAGUAAGUCGAUUUAUGACUAACAAGUUCAAGUACGGGGGACCUGGGGGUUGUACUAAUUAG